AUGAAGAUGAAGAAGUAGAAGAAAAUGACGAAGAAUAACAAUAAGUAGAGGAUGAUGAAAACUGAUGCAGUUGAUCCAAGUGAUGUGCCUGAUCUAGAAGAAGAAUUAGGCAUUCAACACAACGGAGCCUAAAUUCAAGAAAAGAAAAAGCUAUUGUUUCAACUAUUUUUAAAUGUUGAUACUGAUGACAAACAGGCUGUCAUAGCCGCAAUUAGAAAAUCUAAUUAAUAAAUAUGA